CGGUUAUCUGACCCACCGGCGCAUGGGUCAGCAUAGCCGUCGCGGGACUUACCCUACUGCGUCAUUGUUACGUCUCGACUUCAAAAACCGUCUUGAUGGGACGGUUUCUGAUAACCUCGAAUGGCCGUUUGGAAAUUUGGCAGGAUUAAAUGCUGAUGAAAUCAGGGAAACAGCCUAUGAGAUAUUCUUCACGUCCUGCCGAUCAUCGCCGGGGUUUGGUGGACGUCAUGCGCUGACGUUUUAUUCGAAUCACGAGAACAAUGGUGGAAGUGGAGAUGGUGGAAAGGUGAAUCAGGUGGUGACGAAACCGACGAGUAGGGUGAAGAGAGCGCUUGGGUUGAGGCUUAUUAAGAGAUCAACGUCGAGAAGAAUAGUUGGUGGUGGUGUUGUUUCUUCAAUGCCUUCGUCUCCAGUGGGUGGAAGUGCAAGUCCUAUAUCGCAUACGGUGCCUCCUCCUUCUAGGCCGCGGAGGCCUAUGACUGCCGCGGAGAUAAUGAGACAGCAGAUGAAGGUGACGGAACAUGAUGAUAAUAAGUUGCGCAAGACUCUCAUGAGAACCCUUGUUGGUCAAGUGGGAAGGAGAGCAGAAACUAUAAUUUUACCAUUGGAACUGAUAAGACAUCUAAAGCCAUCAGAAUUCAGUGAUUCCAAUGAAUAUCAUAUGUGGCAAAAGAGACAACUCAAAGUUCUUGAAGCAGGACUUCUCCUAAACCCUUCACUCCCAUUAGAUAAAAACAACACAUUUGCCUUACGCCUCAAGGAAAUCAUAAACAGCGGCGAAUCCAAACCUAUAGACAUUGGCAAAAACUCAGACACAAUGAGAACUCUUUGUAACUCUGUUGUUUCCUUAUCAUGGAGGAGCGACAAUGGUACUCCAACCGAUGUUUGUCAUUGGGCGGAUGGAUUCCCUUUCAAUCUUCACAUCUAUACUGCUCUUCUUCAUUCAAUUUUCGAUAUCCGGGAUGAAACAUUAGUCCUUGAUGAAGUUGAUGAGAUUCUUGAACUCAUCAAGAAAACAUGGUCAACAUUAGGGAUUACAUUGCCUAUUCAUAACAUAUGUUUCACUUGGGUUUUGUUUCAACAGUAUAUAGCUACUGGACAGAUUGAACCUGAUCUUCUUUCUGCAACAUCUGUUAUGUUAAAUGAGGUUGCAAAUGAUGCUAAGAGAGAGAAGGAAUCUUUGUAUGUUAAGAUUCUUUCUUCGGUUUUGUGUUCGAUACAAAGUUGGAUUGAGAAGAGGUUGCUUAAUUAUCAUGAAUAUUUCCAAAGAGGGAAUGUUUCUCAGAUCGAAAACCUUGUUCCUCUCGUGUUGUUGGUCUCAAAGAUUUCAGGAGAAGAUCUUACAAUCACUGAUGGAGAAAAGGGCGAGAGAGGAGACAUUACCAUAGUCGAUUCAUCUGGUGAUCGGGUUGAUAACUAUAUUCGUUCAUCGAUGAAAAAUUCAUUUGAAAAGGUAUUGGAGGCAAUGAAUGAAAAAUCUAGUGAAUUAGAAAGAAAGAAAGCAUUGAGUGAAGUUUUGAUUCAAUUAGCUCAAGAGACUGAAGUUUUGGUGAUGAAGGAAAGGCAACAUUUCAGUCCAAUACUAAGGAAAUGGCAUUCAACAGCAGGUGCAAUUGCUGCAAUGACGCUGCACGCGUGCUAUGGCCAAGUUCUGAGACAGUAUGUAAGUGAAGUGACCACAUUAACACCUGAAUCAGUUCAAGUAUUGCAAAGGGCUGCUAAGCUAGAAAAGCUGAUUGUUCAAAUAGUGGUUGAAGACUCUGAUGAUUGCGAUGACGGUGGAAAAACUGUUGUGAGAGAGAUGGCUCCUUUUGAUAUAGAUUCUGUCAUAUUAAGUCUUCUUGGAAAAUGGAUAGAUGAAUCACUCAAUAAAGGAAAAGAGAGUUUGCAAAGGGCAAAAGAGACUGAAACAUGGAAUGCAAAGUCGAAAACAGAAAUGUAUGCACAAUCGGCUUCUGAGCUAAUGAAAUUGGCUGCGACCACUGUGGACGACUUUUUCCAAGUUCCAAUUACAAUUACAGAAGAUUUAGUUCAAGACCUUGUUGAUGGAUUGGAGAACCUCUUCCUCGACUACAUAAAAUUUGUUGCAGCAUGCGGUUCAAAACAAAGUUACAUUCCUUUACUUCCACCAUUGACAAGAUGCAACCGGGACUCCAAACUCAUGAAAUGGUGGAAGAAAGCUGCUCAAUGCAAUACUGGUUAUGAAGAUACGAAUCAAGUUAACGGAACACAAGAAGGUCACAACGCCCGUCCUUUAACUAGCCGCGGAACACAACGCCUCUACAUUCGUCUCAACACUUUACAAUAUCUUUUCACCAGCAUGCACUCUCUUGAGAAAACUAUCUCAAAGAACCCCGGCAUAGUACCUUCUAACCGCCUUCGAUUCAGAAACAGCCGCAAGGCUCAAACCAACAACAAUUCUUAUUUCGAAAACGUUAACUUUUCUAUUCUAGCAGCAUGUCAACACGUCUCAGAAAUCGCUGCAUACCGUCUUGUAUUCCACGACUCGAGUCCUGCCUUCUAUGACAAGCUCUAUGUUGGCGGCGUAACAAGAGGUCAAAUUAGGCCUCUGUUGAAAAUCAUGAAACAAAAUCUAAUACAAAUGUCAACAAUUCUAACAGAUAAAGCUCAACCAUUGGCAAUGAAAGAAGUAAUGAAGGCUUCAUUCGACGCAUUCCUUAUGGUUUUACUUGCUGGUGGAACUUCAAGGGUGUUUCACAGACAUGAUCAUGAUACACUACAAGAUGAGUUUGAGCAAUUGAAGAGAGUUUACAGCAACAAUUUAGAAGGUUUGGUCAUACCCGAAAAUAUCGUAGAUGGAGAAGCUGCAGUGGUGGAAGGAGUGAUUGCAUUGAUGGGACAAAGUACAGAACAAUUGAUAGAAGAUUUCAGCAUAGUGACAUGUGAAUCAAGUGGAAUAGGUGUGAUGGGAAAUGGACAAAAGUUACCAAUGCCUCCUACAACAUGCAAAUGGAAUAGGGCAGAUCCUAAUACAAUAUUGAGAGUAUUGUGUUAUAGAGAUGAUAAUGCUGCAAAUCAGUUCUUGAAGAGAACAUAUGAGUUACCUAAGAGGAGGUAAUAAUAAUAAUAAUGUAACUAAAAAAGAAGGAAAAUGCAUGCAAUUUUGUUGUGAUUCUUAUGAACUUCAAGUGAAAGAAGUGGAAAAGUUGUGCAUCUUUGAGGGUGGGAAAGGGUUGUUUUGUAUUGAUUCAUUUUUUAUGGGCAUGGGAGAGAGAGAGGGGGCACAUGUGUAUUUGAAAAAAGGACAUAAGUUCAUUUUUUUUAUGGCAUGGGAAUGGAGAAAAAAGAAAGAAAAUGUUUUGUUUUUAUCAUUUGAUUUGUAGAGAAUGCAGAAAAGUGAUGAAUUGUAUUUAUUCAAGUA